AAUUGAAAAAGCACCAUAAACCAUGGGGAUGCAAACUUGCAAAGGGAGGAGGAGGAGAGAACCCGCACUCCCACGGCAAGAAAGCAACCCACGCGCCGCCGCUCACCGCCGCCGCCGGCGCCGCCGUGCCGUACGCCGUGGUAUUCCGUUCCCGAUUCCGUCUUCUAGGCCUCGUGCAUGGGCGUGGUUGUGAGACCCAGCUCUGCGUCGAGUAACUGACCCUUUUUUUGCGAUGAGCUCGUCGCCGGCGAUCGCCGCGGCGUCGGCGGCAGUGGUGGCGCUGGCCGUCGCCAACCGCGUGCUGUACAAGCUCGCGCUCGUGCCGCUCAAGCAGUACCCGUUCUUCCUCGCCCAGCUCACCACCUUCGGGUACGUCGCCGUGUACUUCUCGAUACUCUACGCGAGGUACCGCGCGGGGGUGGUGACGGGGGACAUGCUGGCGCUGCCGAAGCGCCGGUUGGCCGCCAUCGGCUUGCUGGAGGCCCUCGGGCUUGCGGCCGGCAUGUCUGCAGGAGCUAUGCUUCCUGGGCCUGCUAUUCCUAUACUGUCCCAGUCAUUCCUGGUGUGGCAGCUUAUCUUCUCUGCGCUGCUGUUGGGAAGAACGUAUUCAAUGAGGCAAAUCAUUGGUUGUUUCCUUGUUGCUUCUGGUGUGAUUCUUGCUGUUGCAAGUGGAGCGAAUGAGGGUCAAUUUCUGUCUGAAGUCAAGUUUAUUUGGCUAGCACUGAUGGUUGCAUCAUCAGCAUUUCAAGCAGGUGCUUCAAUUCUGAAGGAAUCUGUUUUCAUUGAUGGUGCAAAGCGUCUUAAGGGGAGGCGCCCAGAUAUCUUUGUGGUUAAUUCGUUUGGGUCAGGAUUUCAGGCUCUCUUUGUCUUUCUUCUUCUCCCACUUCUUUCUAAUUUGAAGGGAAUAAAGUUUGCUGAGCUUCCUGCUUAUUUAAAUGGUGGUGCUGAGUGCUUCCUAAAUGUCGAUGAUAGUCUGAUUGAUUGUGGAGGAGCUCCAUUUCUACCAUUGCUGUUUAUAUUGGUGAAUAUGGCCUUCAAUAUCGCAUUGCUCAAUUUGGUGAAGCUGUCAUCUGCGCUGGUUGCUUCGCUUACUGCUACUUCAGCAGUGCCAAUAUCAAUCUACAUACUUUCACUUCCGUUGCCCUACAUCCCUCAUGGCGCAGAGUUAAGUUCAUCUUUCAUCCUAGGCGGUGUGGUAUUGCUGAUGGGGCUGAUUAUAUAUAACCUUCCGCAAUCAUCGAAGAAACAAUCCAAGAUUGAGUGAAGAUAAAGUGACUGAAUCAACCAAACACUGUCCGGCUCAUCUGACACGCUACGGGAUUUUACUGAUUUAUUUGAGUUGCAACAUAGUGAAAUAGGGUUCCAAACUGAAGGGCAUGACAUAACACAUUCAAAUUUGUGAAUACGUUGAUUUAUUUGAACUCAAAAUUCAAGCAGCACGUGUACGUAGGAUGGCCGUCAGGCCAUAUAUAGUUAUAUUAUACUCCUGUAGCCUGUGUGUUCUCAAAAAUAUAAAAAUAAUUGUAAUGGAUUUGGUACAAAUUGAGACUAAUUCUACAAUUCCAGUACAAA